GUUACACUCUGUAUAUAAAUGAAUAUUAUAUUCUCCAUGUGCGCGUCAUCAUGACGUCAAUGUUGAGAAUUCUAAUGUGAUGGAAUCUCAUGAAAGCACGUCGACUAAUCGUGCAUGAAAGUCUUAUGGAAUCUCCGUGGCGAUAACUGAUAACCACUUGUAACUCGCAAACAACCUCCAUACUCUUCGAGCCCUAGUUUCAUUAUCAUUUAGUAUUUACUAUUAACAUUGUGUCAUUGCAAUUUGCAUUUUCAAAAAAUCCGAACAGACCGGGACCGAAGGUUGUUUCUCACUCGAAAAGACGAUUUGUCAAUUCUGUCGUUUAGUAUUAAUCGUAUCGACUAUCGGUAGAUUGUGCACUUGUUUUUGUUUAUAUGUAUAUCAGGUAAAUAUUCUCGAAAAAUGACUGAAGCUAUGGGAUUUGAUCUGCAAGAUAAGUCAGCACACAUAAGUUCAUUAAACAAGACUCCAGCCUCCAUUGUACAAGAAUAUGCAGCCAAAAAUCGCCUUGUUCCUCAAUAUGAUCUCAUACAUAAUGGUGUUUCACAUAGUAAGGUCAGCUUUAAGUAUAGUCUGACUCUGGAUGAUUAUGUAGCUGUGGGCGACGGAACUUCCAAAAAAGAAGCCAAGCACGUGGCAGCAUUAAAUCUUCUUAAAAUAAUGAUUGAUGAUAAACCUCAGUUAUUGCAUACUGAUUUUAAACAAUGGGAUUUUGAUAAUCACGUUGUCUCUCCAUUUGAUAACAAUAUUAAAGUAAACGCUGUUGGACAAUUGAAUGACAUUUGUACAAAUAAUAAAUUGGGAUUGCCUGAAUUUAAUUUAGUUAGAGAAGAAGGACAAGCCCAUGCUAAACUAUUUACUAUCAGUUGUCAUGUAGCUAAAAUGAUCGAAACAGCAACUCACAAAACCAAAAAACAGGCCAAGCAUUUGGCUGCCGUUCAGAUGGUAAACAAAUUAAUGUCUAUUGACAAGUCGCUGGUAAUGGAAGCGGAUCCACAUGUAUCGGACUCAAUGAAAGUCUUGGAACAAGUUGAAAUUAUUAAAUCAGAUCAGAUAAAAAAAUCUGCGCCCAUGGAUGUUAAUUUUUUUAAUUAUCAUUUGCUUUUUAAAGAAGCAUGUGAUUGGUCUGAAUCAGACACACUAACUAAGGUUGUUAAUCAGUUUAAAAAAAAUGGUGAAUUGGAUUUAUCUGACCCUUUUAAUGUUUUAUGCGAUGUUGUGACUGAAUGUAAUAUGAGCUUAAGUUCAAACGUUUUAGAUCCAGAAUCAAUUGAAAAAAAUUCUAUACAUUUUUAUUUUCUUUCUAUAAAUAAUAUAUACCCUGCUGUUUAUGGUUUCGGUGAAGCUGAUAGCAUUGGAUAUGCUCAACAAAUUGCUGCAAAAGAGUUACUCAUUAGUAUCUGUUUAUUAUUAAAAUGAAGUUAUUUAGUUAAUUUUUAUCCUACAAUAAUUUGGACUGAAUACACAAUAAAAAAUUUUAAAAUGUUAAUUAUCAUUACCU